AAGAAGUUCUUCCUCGUGUUGAGGUGAAAGUUGUGUGUUUUAGUUUAUGGCCAUUGCUCCUCGUCCUGUCACUGGGCACCACCGAAAAGAGCCUGACACCAUCCUCUUGGAACCCGCCUUUGAGAUAUUUAUGUGCAUUAAUGAGAUCCCCUCUCAGUCUCCAGACUAAAAAGGCCCAUCUCCUGCAGUCUCUCCUCAUAAGGGAGACGCUUCAGACCCUCAUCAUCUUUGUGGCUUCCGCUAGGCCCUCUCCGGUACUUUGUUCUUCCCCUCUGGGGGCCGUGGGGCAUCGGGAGUGAGGAAGCAGCCCUGGGGGGGCGGCGGUGCCUCCCGUGUGACCGCACCGGGGCCGGCGGGAGGGACCUGCGGUGCUGCCUCUGCUCCCAUGUCACAGCAUCCACGGCCACUCAGUGGGUGUGGGGUGUUGUGCGUGACAGACUGAGCGCUCCUUGGUUCAAUGUGUUCAGGUAAAUCAGCCGUGUGGAAAUUAAAACCGAAAUUCUAUAAACUUCUCUAUUAGCUCAGCACAUUGUAAAUCAUAUUGUUAAUAAAUUCAUAGUCGUUAUAGUGUUUCUAAUCAUGUACCUUGUGGUUUCCAUCUCCCCCCGUUUUUCUUUAGUUGGGGCAAGGUGAGAAACUUUGGGUGGUGUUUCUUUAAAAGCAGAUGUUGAUGGGAAGUCUUUAGAUGAGAGAAAUGCUUUAGUUUUACGAAAGUACUGACGUGUAUGGGUGAUGUGUGUGGUGGGAUGGAUUCGUGCUGGCCAGAUGUAAUGGGACAGUUUCUUUCCAGUAUCUCACGGGAAAUGUUUUUAACCUGGUGUUUGCACGGCACUAUGGUGCACUUAGUUCUGAAUCUCAGCUUGAGUUUUUUUGUGUUAAAACAAAUGAAGUAGCUUUGCAAGUCUAACCCAAUCCACUUGUGUAUCUUAGAGUAUAGCUUUUAGCCAAAGGUCAACUUCUUACUGUAUUUGUUCUUUGGAAAUGGUGCAUUUGGCUGUUUCUAGCACUGCAAUGUAAACAAUUGUUCAAAGCUGCUAUUUAUUUGAUGUUUCAAUUUACUGCUAAAACCUUCAAUUUACCAUUUUUUAAUUGAUUUCUUAGUUAAGUUUACUUGAUAUACUACUUGUUUUUUUCCUUGACACUGUUUAAAUGAAAUGUUGUUGUAAUAAAUGAAGCUGUAUUACUAAAAAAAGAAUUUUUCCUUACUCUCCUUUGCUGUCACUUAUAGCUGUCUUAAACUUCAAAUAAGGACAAAAUGUCCUCUAGAGGGAGAUCUUGUUGCUUUUAUGUGCUAAAAUGUUGGUCACCUUGUUCCAGUUAAAUGUCUUGAUCACCUAUCUUGGAAAGGAUACGUGAUGAUGAAUGUGUGUAUCUUAAUAAGUACCUGUGUUCUGAAUCUGUGCUUGGAAAUUUCAUAACAGGAUACAGAAUAUAAUAGCCUGUCAUGUAACACUUCUGUAGGUUAAGUGAAACGUAGUUGUUUUAAUUCAAAUAGGUCUAAUUCUGAAGUUAAAUGAAUAAUCUUUACAAGUUCCAGAGCACUACUCCUGCAGGAGAAUUUGUAGGACCUACAUUUGUGGCAUCAAUUCUGCAAAUGCUUACAAAGAUACCGACUUUCAUGCAUCACUCUCUUUUUCAUCAAGAUGCUUUUGAGGGCAGUUUCUUUACUGUUGUAAACCAAGAAUUUCAGUAGCUGCUCUGAAAGUGUUGUGGGUUAAAUCUCUUCAGCAUAGUGAGUGCUAACAGCUGGGCGAGGAAACAAAGCAGAAAUAAAAUGUCCCAUUUGAUCAAUCUUGGCAGUACUUUCUGCCUAUAAACAGCAGAGGUUGAAAUAUUACUUUGCAGGCACAUCAAUUGUUUGAAUGUAGUUAACUCUAUAUUCCACAUGCUCAAUCCAAAUUACUGGAAGAAUCUUGGUGGGAUUAUUAUGAGGGUGAGUUAUUCAGCAUGUUACAUAUGCAGCCUCAGCAUGAGAUUUUUCUCACAGACACAUGGAAAAACCUUAUUCCACAGUAAAGGCAUCUGUGCUCUUAUUUUUCUGUAAGUAAAUGCAAAUAGUGAAUUAGGCGUAGUUUCUGUUACGUCUGUUGUGUAAAACUAAAGGCUGUGUGGAAUUUGCUCAAUGGAUAUGGUUGGAAAAUUUCCUCAUACUGCGACAACUGCUGAAUGGGUCAAAAAUGUGUUUACUUUUUUAGUUGCCAGUUUAACCCCUACACACUUCUUUCAAGUCCUCUGUACUGUUAAGAAAUAGAUAUUGUCAGGCUGACUCCAAAAUAGUUGUAGUAUUUGUAUUCUUAUAAAUAUACAUACCAAACUGCUACAUAAUUAAUUAAUGUCUUUUGUGUUUUUGUGAGGAGAAGUAAUACUGCAAGUAAGGUAAAGUGAUUUGCAUUAUUUAUAUUGCAAGAUUGUUUUCCUUUUCAUACUCUUUUUCAUUGUUUUAUGGUAUGCAAAUACACUUCUGCAGUGCAUUAAAAAUGUAUGCAAACGGCUUGGAGGCAAAUGGUGGUGUGUAAUUGAAGGUACAGUUGUGUUCUAAUAGAGGAAUAAAUUCCAUUGAUAAACAGGAAUAAAAGUUUGAUGUUUUUUGUUAAGAAAGGCAUAUUUACAUCCCUAAGUUACUCAUAUUGUAGACUCUUUAAUGAAUUGUGCUCUGAAUAAUAAAUUCUUUAUUUUAGAUCAUAAUUUUGGAGGAUUGCAGCACUGAGAUCUCUGGAGUCUGCUGUGUGUAGCCAUAAUGAGUUCGUCACUGGUUGCUUAUGAAGAUUCAGACUCUGAGACAGAAACUGAGAAGACUGAAGUCCCCCAAGCUUUUGGCACACAAAUAAGCUCUCAGAGGUCUUCUGUGAGUUGCGGUCAGCACUUUGCACCUGGUAGUUUGGGUAAAAAAUCUACGUAUGAAAUGCACCCUACAGAGAACAGUGGCAGUUCUGGCACAAGCACUGUUUGUGAAGAUCCUCCUGAGCUUUAUGCACAGAAUAAUAACACUGACUUGACAUCUCCUUAUUCUAGCAGGGCAUACUCUGGCCGUGCUGCAUUAUCUGUGCCUUACAGAAGCUAUGAACAGACCUCAAGCUCUUCAGCAAACUCUGGAAAUGGCGUUUCCCAGAAGAGAAUACAUAAAGACAGUGCUACUACCAUAAAAGGAAUUAGACCAUAUAUCCCCAAACGAUUGCGUCAGGAAAGUUCCAGUACGCCUGAAACAAAGGAAUCUGUUCAGAGAGGUAGCUCAGAUUGUGAUGUUAAACUGGGUAUGUUAGGAGAGCAGACUUCAAGAAAGAUCUCUGAAUUAAUUAAGCCAUAUUUGGGAUCCAAAUAUAAAUCAACUGAAGUCCCCAAAAGCUUAAUAUUUUAUAUGUCUAAACACAGUGGCCCUGUUAAUGAAAUCCAGUGGUGUCCUGUACGGGAACAGAGUCACAUGCUUCUCUCAGCUUCUAUGGACAAAACAGUCAAGGUAUGGGAUGCUGUAGAUACAGGCUGCUGUUUAAAAACAUACUCCUGUCACUCCUGUGCUGUUCGAGCUGCCCAGUGGUCGUCUUGUGGAAGAAGGAUUCUCAGUGGGGGCUUUGAUUCCACACUGCAUUUAACAGAUGUAGAAACAGGGAAGCAGAUAUUUAGCAGCAAAACAGAAUUUAGGAUCAGUGCGCUCAAGUUUCACCCUACAGAGUCAAAUAUUUUCCUUUGUGGAGGGUUCAGCCCAGAAGUUAAAGCUUGGGAUAUAAGGACUUCUAAGGUGUUAAGAGUGUACAAAGCUGCAGUACAACAGACUUUGGAUAUACUCUUUCUCCCUGAAGGAAGAGAGUUUCUUACAAGCACAGAUGCAGUAAGCCGGGACUCAGCUGAUCGUACCAUCAUUGCAUGGGAUUUCCAAAGUGCUGCAAAAAUCUCCAACCAGAUUUUUCAUGAGCGUUACACUUGCCCAAGUCUGUCUCUGCACCCAAAAGAGUCUAUGUUUGUUGCUCAGACAAACGGGAACUACAUGGCUUUGUUUUCUGCACAGCGACCAUACCGGAUCAACAAAAAGAAAAGAUAUGAAGGACAUAAGGUGGAAGGAUUUGCAGUGGGCUGUGAAUUUUCUCCAGAUGGAACACUUUUGGUGACAGGAAGUUCAGAUGGCAAAGUGUUUUUCUACAACUAUCAUACUUCCAGGAUUAUUCGCACUUUGUCUGCACAUAAAGAAGCUUGUGUGAGUGCAAUAUUUCACCCAGUCUUGCCAUCACUCCUUGCAACCUGUGAUUGGGCUGGAGAAAUCAAGAUCUGGCAAUAACAAGGAGGGUUAAUUUUCAGGAUGUCUUCUGUUAGUCUGUUAAAGGCUUAGGAAAUAAACCAGGUUAUGCAAUGUGAAUUUUUGUUGUGAUGUGUUGUAAGCAGGAGAUACAGUCUUUUCUUCUAUGACCUCUAAGUGUAUGCUUUCAUAAUGCAGUGAAGAUGGUCUUGUGGUUAACUGCUGAGCAAAGAAGUGGUCCUACUCUCUUCCUCAGCCCUGGUGGCAAAUUUCUGACCCUUUUGUGUCAAUCUUCUGGUGCUCAUCUAAUCCAACCCUGGUUUGAGUGCCUAAACUUAAGAAAAUUAUUGCUCUUAUUAUGUUAUCUUUUCAAUGCAGUUUUCUUAAACCAGGUUUUGUCAUAGAAUCAUAGAAUCAUUUACAUUGGGAAAGACCUUUAAGAUCAUCAAGUCCAAAUCUUAUACUCAGGGAUGC